AAAUUGCACAGCCACGCUACACCAAGCUCUCGCGGGGCACUCUGAAGUUCGGAUUUCUCAUGUACAUCUCUCGUUUGCAUCAGGCACGCCCCCAAACUGUGUCGCUUUCGCUUCAUUAGCUCAAGACAUACAAACUCUAGCUUCGUACAGCUAUUCCUUUACACAAAGUGUGGCUCCUAUAGUUCUUCAUCAGAAGACGCAAAAGCAGCUCUGAAUAUGGCGACGUUUCGGCGGUUUCAACCUGACGAUGUGAAUAAGUUUUCCAAGUGCAAUCUAGACCCUUUCACGGAAACUUACGAGCUCAAUUUCUACCUCCAAUACCAUGCAAAGUGGCCAGCUCUCUUUCAAGUUUGUGAGGAUAUGGAUGGAAACAUUGUUGGUCAUGGGCAAGGUCGAGUCUUCUCCAGACGCCUACAAAUUCUCCGAGCAUUACCUACCAUGGCACGCCCACAUAACGGCGCUCACUGUUGCCCCAGAAGCAAGAAGGUCUGGCAUUGCAAAGAUCCUAACCGAUCAGCUGGAAGUCGCAGCUGAUGCUGAGAACGCCUGGUUCGUGGACUUGUUCGUUCGAAGCAGCAACCACAGAGCCAUCGCCCUUUACAAGAAUCUGGGCUACAGCGUGUUCCGCGUGGUGAAGGACUAUUACGGUGACCACGCUACGGACCCUUCCAGGGCGAGCGAGGAUGCACUCGACAUGCGCAAGCCCAUGAAGCGAGACAAGGAUCGUCAGCACAUUCGAGAUGAUGGAGAAACCCAUAUGGUUGAUCCCGAGGAUGUUUGGUAACCGGUAUCAAUGUGUGCUUGUCCUUUCCAUCACUCCAUCAAGCUUGAAACUCAACUCAAAAUCCAGUGUAUAGGCUUACCGCCCCUAUUAUGACAUGGUGAAUACUAACCAUUCAUAUCCAGGCUCCAUCCACUUCAUAAACGCUUCCACUCACAAAGGUACUCUCAGGGCCGAGGAGGAAAGCUAUCACAUUGGCACACUCUUCUGACGUACCUUGGCGCUGGAAGGCAGUUGGUUCGUCGAAAGCGGCGUCUUCUGGUCGGUUGUGCAUAUCCCAUGCCUUCUUCAUCAACGGGGUAUAUAUGGCUCCGGGGGCAACAGCGUUGACUCGCACUUCUCGGUGGCCGUUCUCCUUUGCUGCCGCUCUUGUCAGCCCAACUAUUCCGUGCUUGCUGGCGUCAUAGGCGCCGUGCCUGGCGAAUCCUGAUUCUACUGGUCAGCUUUAGAGAUCCCAUUUAUGUGCAGUUCAAACCUGCCCUUGAUGCCAUGAAUAGAAGCAACGUUGACGAUGGAGCCUCCGUCUACUAUCCUGUUGAGCUGCGCCCGUAGACAAUACAUUGUUCCUGUCAAGUUCACAGCGAUGAUCUUAUGCCACUCUUCGUCCUCAAGUUCCGCUACGGCACGAAGACCGUGGUGCUUCCCAAUGAUACCAGCCACGUUAGCUGCCCCAUCGAGUCUCCCAUAUUUCUGAACAGUAGCGUCUAGCCAGUCCUCAACUUGGGGCCGUUGUGAGACGUCGACACGGGAAACUAGCGCCUCGAUGCCCUGCUCGUCAAAGUAUGCUGUGGCAGUUGUAAUGGCAUUGAGGUCGAUAUCGGCGAUGCUCACAGUAGCCCCGCGUUUUGCAAGAACUUUGGCGGUUGCGAAGCCGAUUCCGCUUGCACCGCCUGUCAGCGCAUAAACUUUUCCUUUGAGUGACAUUGUCUGUGGCUUCCAGGUCGUGAGUUGGCUACUCGGUAGCAAAUGAGGAAUGAGUCAGAUGCUAGGGCACAAAAUGAUAUUUACAUAUAUAGACAUACGGUUGGGCUUUAUGGCUGACUGGAUCGAUAUUCCCCGCUUGAAACAGCCGGUGGUUAAUUUGGGGAAUAAUUGACAUUGUACUGGAUGUGUAGGAUAUACAUGAAGCUCUAGGGUAAGCACUUGAAACUAGCCUGUGACGGUUCUGCUUGACUUCCUCUAGUCUUAUGACCACCUACCCAUUAAUAUCCUACCUAUAGGAAUGAGGUCGUAUAGAGAGUAUGCUGCGCAGCUUGUACGAAAGCUCGACCUUUCAAAUGAAGUUUAGACUGCUGAAUGCAACGAGGUACUUUACCUACAACAUCUCUUGUACAUUUAUGUGCAGGACAAUAUUAUAUCCAUCGGUUGGCGGAUGGGGUAGCACUGUAUGCA